GGGAGGGAGGGAGGGAGGGAGUGACAGAGGCGGUUUGAAGCCGGAGAGUAACGGACGGUCCGCGCGGCUCCGCCUGCGGUUGACCGACAACAUCCGACACUGGUUGUGAUUGACGAUAACAACUGCCCGAGAGAGAGAGAGAGAGAGAGCAGAGGGGACUCACUGGAAGCGCCUUUAUCGCAUCUCCGAGGCGUCUCAAAAGACUUAUACUGUAAUCCGAAAGCCGAACGGAAGUCGCUGGGAACACACGGAGAGGUCGGGCAGCAACGAUGGAGAAAGGAAAGGUCUGGAUCAUGCCACACUGGAGUAGCAUUGUGAAGAGCUGCAUCUUAGGUUCCUUGUUUCUUGUGUUAUGGGGCAGGCAGCAGCAGUUUUCAGUCAUCGCUCAAGAUCACCUACCUGUUGACGCUCAAAUCACUGAGGGCCAUCGACCCAACAUUCGUCUUGAUAGGAAUAUUGUUCAAGACAAAGACCAUAUAAUGGAGCAUUUAGAUGGUGUGAUAGAUAAAACUGAAUCGGAGAUGACGCCACAGGAACUUCAACUUCAUUACUUCAAAAUGCAUGAUUACGAUGGGAAUAACCUUCUUGAUGGACUGGAGUUGAUAUCAGCCAUUGCACACGUAUACAAAGAGGAAGGAGGCCAUGGAAACCCAUUGAGUGAGAAAGAUAUUGUGGAUUUAAUCGAUGAUGUGUUAAGAGAUGACGACAAAAAUAACGAUGGAUAUAUUGACUAUGCUGAGUUUGCAAAAUCAUUAGAAUAAAACAGUGUAACAGUGGUUAUAUUCCCUUUUUCUGAUGGUCAUUGAGUGGAAGCAAUUAUAUUUUUUAGUACUCAAGGUUCGGUCAACUUUAUUUUCCUAAAGCAAAUGAGCCAAUCAUUGUUUAUUACCCUAUAUAUCAACCGUAAGGUUUUAAUUCUUUUCUGUACAGAAUUGUAAACUCAAGACUUUUCAGUGGGUACUUUGAAACAUGAAUAUUUUUGUGCAAUUCUUAACUUGUAGCAGGAUAGUAUUAAAGUUGCUGUCCAUUUAAUAUUUACAUAUUUUGUGAAAUUUUGCAGUCAAUGAAACAUUUAUACAGUAAAUAAAGCAGUACUAAAACUUUGCAAUGUCCACAUAUCACUUUGAAUCAUCAUGGUAAAACUGAAUAGAAAAUGCCUGUUUUGUAAUUUUAAAAAUGAGUGUAUCUUUGGUAUCUGGUUUCAACACACAGCAAUUUGAAGCCAGGUAAUCAAAAAAUGUUCUAUUUAUUUUUCUGUGUGACUGUACAUAUACAUCUACAUAACCAGUUGUAUGAAGUAGCAAAUGUAAAAUAAACCUUAAAACUGCA